GCUACGACGAACAGCAGUCGCUCAACUAGCAUGCUUAACUCUGAUAGUGACGAUCUGGAGCUUAUUCUUACUGAUGACGAAGAUGAUGCACCGAUAGAAAUCGACCUUACUGAUAAUACUAUUGUGUCCGAAAACAGCUAUACAAAUUCUGAAAAUUUGACAGAAGCAAUGGCAGAUGUCUCAGUUGUAACACCUACUCCUACUCAUUCCAUUAAUUCCUUACCAGAUCCUUCCAUUCCCUCACAUCAAAUGCAAUCAGAUGAGAUCCAGAAAGCUUCUUGCGAAGUGAUCCGAUGUAAUGAUACUGCCUGUAGCCAACAUCAUCAACAAAAGGUUGAGACUAAAACUUCGGUGGCCACUUCCUCCUGGACUGGCUGUUGUCGAGUUUUGGGUGGGUCUGUGUCCAAACCAGCACAAAAUCUACAUUCUGCUAAUGCUGACAAACGAUUAACUCGGAUGGCCCCUGGCCGUGAAGCUGCGCUUCUUCGGCGUCGACUGCUUAGUGAUACAAAUGUGCUGGGCUCGCUUGGGCCCAAGGAAGAGACCCCUUCUUUGCUCCCGAACAAUUGUCUGAAUUUGAAUCAUUUUCCUCCACAAGAACAAAUCUAUUUUCGAAAUACUGAGGUCCCAUUAGGUUGCACAGUUUUUGAGAAGACACUGCCUUCUAAAACGAAUAGUACCAUACCAACUAGCCUAAGUAACCGUCAUAAAUGUGAUUGUACAGAUAAAAUAGUUUCAUCUGCAAAGUCUGUACAAGGUGCCCAAGAAACUAGCCAGUCUGCUCAGUCAAGCACGAGUUUUACUUUGUUAACCAUCACUUCUCCUGAAAAGUGUCUAGAUAAGGCGGAUAACAUGUAUGACGUGGCACUUCGCUUGCCACAUGGCAAGCGGGCCAAACUCAGACUAUCACGGACAACAAAUAUUCAGGUAAAAAUCUCUUUCUCUAGUUGUCGUUUGUUCUAUGCACAAUUAUUCUAUGUUAUUCGCAUUUUCACAUGGACAUCGCCCUCAGGACCCUAUUCUUGCUCAAUUAUUGCUACGGUCAAUUAA